GGCGGUCCGCGUCUGUUCCUGCGCGGACUCAUGAGCUCUGUUGCACCGGUACCGUGUGUCCCGGGGCGCGUCCUCAGGGCGGGAGGAAAGAACGAGCUUGCAGUUUCUCCUGAGGCUUGAGGGGGCGGCGGCAGGGGCCCUCGUGUCCCGCAGGCCGAGCGCCCCAACCGGACCCCAGAUUGAACGGACAGUUCUUCCGCCGAGCGACCUCGCGUCUCCACCGGGGAAACUGAGGCUGCGCGGGGAAGGGAGCCCGGCUGUGGCGUCUUCGCCCCACUUUCUAACAAGCCUCCGUCCCCUCCCCGACCAUGCCCGCGGGCGUGUCCUGGUCCACCUACGUGAAAAUGUUCGCGGCCAGCCUCCUGGCCAUGUGCGCCGGCGCCCAAGUGGUGCACUGGUACUACGGGCCCGACCUGACAAUACCUGAAAUUCCACCCAAACCUGGAGAACUCAAAACGGAGCUUUUGGGACUAAAAGAAAGGCAACAGAAACCUCAAGUUUCACGGCAAUAGAGACUUCAAAAUACAAUUAUGCCGAGAGUUCUAUAAAUAAGUCUUACAUAUAUUUUUUAAAUGUAUUGAAUAAAUUUACAUAUCCUUAAGCAUCUAAUUCCACAAUCUCACUGCAGGUGGAGGUGCUCAGUUGAUAUGAACUGAUGAUUGUGAACUUGUACUGUGGUUUGAUCCAUAUAUGUUUUUUGUUUUGCAACAAUGUCUCACUAUUUAGCCUAGGUUGGUCUUGAACUCAAGGUGAUUCUCCUGUCUCAGCUUCCGAGGUGCUAGGAAUAAGGGUGUAAACCAUCACAACAAGCCCAGUAUCUCUUGCAAAUUGCCAAAGUCUUAUCCUCAGCUUGCCUGUGAUUUGAAGAUACUUUAAUAUCACAUCAAGACUGAAUAUGUGUAUAAGACUGAGCAUGCCAUUAUAAUUCUUAUUUCUCUGAAUGAGCUUGAUUAGAAUGGCGAGUUAUAAAUUAAAUACAAUAAAUAAGAAUGAUUAUGAGUA